AUGGCAUCUGCUGCAUAUCAAGAAAUAUCGUCCAGACUGAUACCUCUGAAAGGAAUAGAUAAAUCAUCUGGUGUCACAAAAUACACUUGGGCUGGAUACCAAUAUGGAUUGUGGAUGUUUUGUGCUGCAUCAAUUCUUUUCUCUGCAAUUAUCAUUGCAAUCACAAAGGAUACAACAGCAUUCCAGCCGAAGACAAACGAAUCUCAUUACGAAGAAAUAGACCCACCAACAGAAACACCUGUUAACCAAGGCGAUAAGCUCUAG